AUGUUGGGCGCCGAAGACGAAGAAGAACAUGUGUAUGAAGUCUUCUACGAUGAAGAAGAAGAAGAACUUGAAGCAGAACUUGAAGCAAGACUUGAAGCAGCAUUUGGAGAAGAACUCGAAGAAGAACUCGAAGAAGAACUCGAAGAAGAAAAUAAAGAUGAACAUGAAGAUGAACAAGAAAAAGAAGAGGAAGAAGAAGAAGAGGAAGAUGAAGAGGAAUGGGAAUGGGAAUGGGAAGAGGAAGAGGAAGAAGCUGAACAAGUCCUCAGUCCGCUACAGCGUGAACAACGCGAUAGGCACUGGGCAAACUUAACCGAAGUCAGCAAUAUUUUGCAAAACAUCGAAACAAUCGUUAUGCCCCCGGUUGCGGCGGGGGGGCAGUUAAGCCAAGCUCUUCAAGUCGUACGCCCGGACCCGACUAUCCAGAAUGAAGAGCGCGCCCUCAGGCAAACACUGACUCGCCUCUGGAAUGAAAGCCGUUAUCUCAAUGAGCUUCUGUGUAUCAAUUUCGAACGCCAGCAGGAGGAGCAGCAAAGGGAAAUUCUGCGCGCUGAAAGGGAGAGGAACGUACUGCAGGUUGAGAUGAUGCAGUUCACCGCUAAUUUCCGGAGGAUGUAG